AUGCGGUUCUACUGGAUAGUAUUGCUGAUUAUCGCUACUUUCGUAGCAUGCACGACCUCGAAGACGAUCACAAACAGCUUUUCUGCGGUCGCUGACAACCAAAAUAAUGGGAGAUUACUUAUGGCCAACAGUGCAAUAUAUGAACAUGGCGGAGAAAGAGCCAAUUUUGGAAGCUUCGUAGGUUCUCUCAAGAAAGGAACAUCUAAGUUAGCCGAAUCCGCUCGACUGCAGAAGUUCUUGCUGCAGAAAAGGAAUGGAGUCGAAGUUAUGAAAAGUUUGAAAUUCGGAUAUAGCGUCCAGACUGCUUUGAAAAGCUCGAAGCUGGAGACUUUAAACAAGUACAUAACGAAGUUCAACAAGAAACACCCGGACGACCCUAUUUCAAUGAUCGGGAUUUUCAGAGAACGCUACGGGGAGGAUGCUGUGGUGAAAGCGCUAGUGUCUGCGGAAAUGAAUGUGGAGUCGGCACCGAAUGUAGCAAAGCAACUGCAGGCCGACCAGCUAUCCAUUUGGUUGAACAGCGAUAAAUCCGUUGAUGAUGUUUUCCAGUUACUAAAGAUUGUUCAACGAUUCGACCCACCUGCGAAACUUGACAGUCCAAAACUGGAAUUACUGGACGAGUACAUUGCAAAACUCAACAGUGAGAGACAUGGUCACGAAACUUUGCUGGAUGCCUUGAAGAGAGGUUUUGGUGGUGACGAUAAAUUAGUAUCCAUAUUAGCGCGGGCAAAAGAGAGCCCCCGCACAGUCGAUAAGGCCAAGGGACUUGAGAGGGGGCUUCUCCAGCAGUGGGGACAGGAAAAACUCGAUCCGACAAGAGUCAUGAAGCUACUGAAGUUGGACGAUAAUCCGGGUGACGCGCUGGAAAGUGGUAAGUUGGAGACGUUCGAGAAGUAUAUCGCCCAGCUUAACAAAAACAACCCGGAUAAAGAGGUGACUUUGGUGGGGAUGCUUGCGUCCAAGUACGGAGAAAUCGGUGUAGCAGAGGCAAGUGCGUUUACAUUAAAGUACGGCGUUGCGAAUACAAUGAAUGUGGAUACGAGUACGGAUUUGAUGGCAGCAAAGUUACAGAAGCAACAGUUGGAGCUUUGGCUGAAUGGUGGUAUGACUGUGGACGAUGUUUUUAAGCUACUGAAGUUUGAGGAAAGAGUUCGCUUUGGAACUGGACUAAAGUUGGACACGCUGGACGAGUUCAUCCUAUUAUAUAAUCGGGUGAAGAAAGCAGACGAAACAUUGGAAGACGUGUUAACGAGGGGGCUCGGCAACGAUGGGCGGGUGGCAGAAAUGCUUGCAAAACUUGAUGCGCUGGACUCGAGUGAAACGAAAAAACAAGCUAGGAAGCUGCAAAAAAGGCUUUUUAGCAAAUGGAUGGAAGAAGACGUGAAGCCAACAAGCGUAUUCAGCAAGAUAUUCAAGAUAUCUGAGGCCGAUGCUUCUGAUACCCAGAACACAGUGGCAAGUCAUUUCAAGGAUUACUACGAUAAUGUACAGCCGACAUUUACGGAUCCGAGACAUCCACAAUAUUGGCACCUUCGAUCCGACCUCGGACUCAAGCGUACACACACCGGUCUUGAAUUUCUUAGAAGUCCAGAGUUGAAAACACUGGAUGACCACAUCGUGAAGCUCAACAGCAAGCAACAGGACCAUGAGACUGUGUCAUGA